GUGGCUUGGGGGACGGGGCUUGCAGACCGCGGAGUUGGGUGGUGCUUUGAACAGGGAGGGAAAACCCAAGCAGCAAACGCAAUCAAUCGCAGUUUGUUUCGCUUCUCCCCCAGCGAAGCAGGGGGGUGCAGCACAGCUCCGGGAGGAGUUAGAGCGCUUCACGCCUGAGAAUCCGACGGCGGGAGUGGGAUCGCCGUGACACUCCGCAGCAACCGCUGCAGGGCUUCCCCGACUCCUCUUCCCCCAGUAAUUCCUGCUGAAAUGCGGUGCCCGACUCUGGCAUGAGCCCCACCCACCCCCAUCAGGAGGAGCGCUGCCCAGGCAUCACCGCUUUCCCUGGCCGGAGAUCGGCGUUGGGAAGAAAGAGCUGUCGCCGCGGAGCCGCCGCUCUCAGCAACGCCAGCUGCCGGAGUCGGGACGGUUUAUCACACUGGAAGCAUGGCUACAAGUGCUGUUCCCAGUGAAAACCUCCCUACAUACAAGCUGGUGGUGGUUGGAGAUGGCGGCGUGGGGAAGAGUGCUCUCACCAUUCAGUUUUUUCAGAAGAUCUUUGUGCCAGACUAUGACCCAACUAUUGAAGACUCCUAUCUGAAGCACACAGAAAUAGAUGGGCAAUGGGCAAUUCUUGAUGUUUUGGAUACUGCAGGCCAAGAGGAGUUCAGCGCAAUGCGGGAGCAGUACAUGAGGACUGGAGACGGUUUUCUUAUAGUCUUCUCAGUGACAGACAAAGCUAGCUUUGAGCAUGUGGACCGCUUCCACCAGCUGAUCCUCAGAGUCAAGGACAGAGAGUCCUUUCCAAUGAUUUUGGUGGCAAACAAGGUUGACCUAAUGCAUUUACGAAAAAUUACAAGAGAACAGGGAAGAGAAAUGGCAACAAAACAUAAUAUUCCCUAUAUAGAAACUAGCGCCAAGGACCCACCUCUGAAUGUUGACAAGGCCUUUCAUGAUCUCGUGAGGGUAAUAAGGCAACAGAUCCCAGAGAAAAGCCAGAAGAAGAAGAAAAAGACCAAAUGGCGAGGGGACAGAGCUACGGGCUCCCACAAACUCCAGUGUGUGAUUUUGUGACAGAACUGUGUGGGAGUGCCUUGGAUGCCUCCUUUCCCCACCUUUGACCCACUGCUGACCCAGGCGAGGAGCAGCAGCAGCGCAAUGCCCAGGUGGCCCCACUGCCCUUCCAGGCUCCCCAUGGUGGCUGGGGCUCAGAGGAGGUGGCUCAUGGGGGUCCAGACCCUCACAGGGGGACAGCAUGUCAGGAGCCAGUGUGGAAGCCACAUGGAUGGGAGGCAGAAGGGACAAGCAGGACCUUGACUCCCGAACAUCCCCAGUGCCUUCCAGGGGCCUCCAUGAUGUUUAUUUGGGGGAAAAAAGGGGGGGAAAAAAAGCGGGGGGGAGGGGGCAGAGAAAAAUAAAAGAAAGGUGUUGAUUUUCUCUGCAAACAUUUCUCCUUGUGACACAUUUCUGAACAGCCUUGAAUAGCCCCCCGGUUUGGUACAGUUGUUUGUGUAUGUGUAGGGGAAGGGAAAGGGCUUUUCUUCAUAUUUUUUUCUCUCCUCUUCUCCUUUUUCAAUGUUUGCUCAGUGAGUGUUGGGUUGCAAAGAAACACGGCUGGGGUAGAUUUUUUGCACUGAAUUCUCUCUUAGGCAGCAGUGCCAAAACACAACUUCAUAUGAAAGUGCAUAGAUUUGAAGGAAGAAAAUGAAUUCCAGCUGCUCUGGGUGCUCCAGACAUUGUGUCAGACUCUGGAAGGCAGCCAGUUCACAGACCAUAAACUCCAGCUUAGGAAAGGAGGUUUGGGCUUGGAUUAUAUUUUUUUUUCUUCCCCUUUGUCAAGAGGUUCUGUUUCUGUUUUGUAAUUUGGGGCAUGUUAAAGUUAAGGUGUUUUGUUAACCUGGAAGUAUUUAAAUUAAAGUGCUUUACAAAUGGAA